GUGCGCGCCGCCGCCAUGCCGGAGGGGAAGGCCGCGUUCCGGGAGGUGCUGCCCAAGCAAGGGCAGCUCUCGGCCGAGGACGCGCCCGCCAUGGUGCUGUGCAAGCCCAAGCUGCUGCCGCUCAAGUCGGUGUCGCUGGAGAAGCUGGAGCAGCUGCAGCGCGCGGCGCUGGAGGCCAAAAAGCGGCAGUUAGACAUCGAUGCAAACAUGGAAUGA